GUUUUUUUAGGGGAAACCCACAAACAAGUUGGCUGCGUCCUACAACAAACUACUCAUAUUGUGCUGUUGGGAAGAAAUUACAAAAGUUAACUAUUCCCAACUGUAUCUGUAAUAUUUGACUUUGUUAACCGUAAACCAACUUUCUUUUCUUAUAAACGUAUUUUUGUUGUUGAGUUAAACAGAUAACUUUCUAUUUGUAAGUACGAUGUAACAAAACUACUAUAUUUGACAACAACUACAUAAAUAAAACUGAGAACAAAGGUAAAUUUUGAGGUGAGACAGAUGUGUGUAGUUGUACACCACACGUGCUUGACACAAAACAACACAAUAAUAAAGCCACUUGGAGUUUUCCGAAGGAAACACUAACCUACCAGCCAUGGCGUGAAAGAUUUGGCUCUUCUUCUAUAUUAAAUUAAGCCUUAAAAACAUUACUUUGUAAAUUCCUCAAAACCCCAAUUCAAGUUUCCCUUAAUAUUAUAUUUUCUUUUCCCAACAUAUACCCAAAUAAAAGCUUAGCCUCUCCUUUGUGUGGUAGGUAACCAUAAAAAAAAGUACAGCAUGUGAAAGAAGAAGAAGAAGAAUUGAGAAAGAGAGAGUUUUGUGUAGAGAUGGAGAGCUUGUUAUGCGACGAGCUUCUUGAAGAAAUUUUUCAGAAACUCCCACCUAGUUCAUCAUCUUCGGUCUCUUUGGUUUCAAAACGUUGGCUCAAUCUUUACCGUACUUCUAAGACCACGCUCUCUGUCCAACUAACCCUUCAAAAUUCAACAAUUCCAGCUCUAUCUACUCUUCUUUCUCACUACCCUUUUAUCUCUUCUCUCUCUCUCCUCCUUCCCCUUGAGUCCACCAUCACCGGCAACGGCGAUGACCCUUUGCUGAAAACCACUUUCUCCGAUGAACUUCUUCUCUUGGCCUCUUCCUCUUGUCCUCGCCUUCAAGGCCUCAGGUUCUUGGCUGGUCCUGUCUCUCGCUCCUCUCUAAUCUCUCUCUCUUCAACGUGUACACAACUCACUUCUCUCUGUAUCAACCUCUCCAGCCCUUUGUUCCUCACGUGGCUUCUGAACUUUCCGUCUUUGAAAGAAUUGUCAAUCAUGGUGUGCCAUGGGGAAGGCUUUGACCACGAAAUUGAGAACAAUUUGGGAUACGGGCAUGAUGAUUUUGAUGCAGAAUUGGGCAUAGAGAGCUUGUGCUUAUCCGGGAUUCGUACGGACGAUUGGGGGAUGGGUUGGCUAUGGAGGAGCUGUAAUAAGGUGAAGAAAUUGCAGCUAAGGAGCUGUGAGAGCAUUGGAGAUGGAGGGUCAUUUUCGUCAUUUGUGAGGUGCCUGCAGGGAAUUCAAGAAGUGGAGCUCAGAACUUGUAGGAGUAUAGUUGAUGGGGUUCUUCUAAAACUUGCUGAGUAUUCUCAUUCUCUUAUAUCUCUUUUGGUUUAUGAUGGUGGUAGUAGAGAAGGUCUGCUUAGAUUUUUCAGCCACAGCAGUUGUAAUUUACAAAAAAUUGAUCUUCGUUUGCCUCUUGACCUUAACAAUGACCAUCUUUUGGCUGCUUCAGUAAAUUUCAGGACCCUUUCAAGUCUUAGGCUCCAAAGUUGUUGCCUUGUUAGUGGUGAAGGCCUAAAAGCUCUUGGGGUUGCUAUGAAUUCUGGGCUUGAAGAGUUGGCCUUAAUUAACUGUGAUGUAGUUGAAAGAGAGCCUGGUUUAUUGACCACAUUAGGACAAAACUUAAAGCAAUUAAGGAAACUGGACUUGUCUUACAAUGAAAUGUUGUUUGAUAAAGAGCUUAUCUCUAUGCUAGUUUCAUGUCAUUACUUGGUUGAUUUGAAUCUUAGAGGCUGCAAAAGGCUUGCUAAUUCAGCUAUGGUCACUAUGUCAAAGAGCUGCAAGUGUUUGGAGAAUGUUGACAUAAUGAGUUGUUGUGGGAUUGAAUCUGGGGCUGUUGAGUUACUUCUUCUCAAUUCUCCAAAGCUGAGAAAGGUGCUAGUUGAGGAAACCAAGCUCUCUGAUGCUGCAAAGACUUGGGCAUCUCUUAAAUUUAUCCAACUUGUUUAAUUUAUUUGGGAAGAAUUUUUUUUUACAUUUUAAUAAAUGUUUCAAAUGAAACAUGUCCAUACAUAUAUAUCACACCACUUGUUAUGUUAUCAUUGUAAAUGUUUCUUAUCUAUGUUCUGACCUCAAAAAGGAGCAACUUUUAUGCUCGAAAUGAUUGUGCAUUAAAACA